AUGGCACAUUUGAUAACAGCUUUUGUUGUGUGCUGCAUAGCGCUGGUCGCCGAAACUCGUUUCGUGUGCCACUAUACGACGUGGUCCCGUGAUCGACCGGACGAAGGUUCGUUCCAGAUCAAUGACAUCCCGGGCAACCUCUGUUCGCACGUCGUGUACAACUUUCUCGGUGUUAAUGAAACGUCGUACCAGCUGGAACUGCUGCAGCCGGAGUACGAUAUCGGCGAGCGGGGCCUGGAACGUUUUGCCGCGUUAAAAGAUCAGUUCCCGCACCUGAAGCUACUGAUCGCGGUCGGUGGAUGGGCGCACGGUGGUGCAAAGUUUAGCGAGAUGGCCAAGUUUCGCACCCGCCGCAAUCAGUUCAUCGGCAGCGUGAUGAAGUUCCUGCACCAGUAUCGGCUCGACGGCAUUGAGCUGGUUUGGCUGUAUCCGGGCAACUUCGAUCGUGGCGGUGCGGUAGAGGACAAGGACACCUUCCUUUACUUGGUGUCGGAGCUCGCCAAGGUGAUACGGGACGAGGCGAAGCAGUGGGAGGUGGUGAUACAGGUGCCCAUUGACAUAUCCCGCAUGGCUGUCGGAUAUCACCAGGAGGAGCUGUGUGCCGUGGCGGAUUUUGUGCACAUGGUCGGGUAUGAUCUGCGCGGCUGGUGGAACAACUUUGCGGAUGUGCACAGUCCGCUCGCACCGAGACCCAACGAUCUAGUGAUGGAAAGCUUCGAACAUGUAAACGUAGGCGACGGGGUGGACGAUUGGCUGUCCAAGGGUUGUCCCCCGCAGAAGGUUACGCUUGGCGUUGCUCUGUUCGGUCGAACGUAUCUGCUGGACGAUCCGCUGGAUAACACCGUCGGUGCGGUUACGAUUGGAGCUGGUGAGCCCGGUCCGUACAGCAACGAGCCGGGUUAUUUGGGUUAUUGUGAGUUUUGCCAAAACCUCACCAGCGACGACUGGACGAAGCGGUGGGACGACGUCGGACUGUGCCCGUACGCCUACAGCGACACGACAUGGAUCGGUUACGAGAAUGAGCGUUCGCUGCAGGAGAAGAUCAACUACGCCAAGCGGAAGGGACUCGGUGGGCUGUACGCAUUCUCGCUCGACUUGGACGACUACCGAGGUGCGUGCGGUGAACCGUUUCCCCUCACCCGCUAUCUCUCCAAAUACCACGACGAAACGAAGAUCAAAGAUUGGCACAUUUUCGUGUCGACCACGGAGAAAAAGGAAAUCAACACUCCCGGCACGCAAUGA